AUGGAUUCAUCGUCUUCUAAAAAUCAACAAAACAGUGGAGCUGACAAAAAAGUUGAAUAUGUAGACUGUGAAACUAUUGAUAGGCGUGGGAAGAGGAAGGAAGCAGAAACACCGUGUGGAGAGAGUUCUCGGGCAAAUAAGGUGCCAAAGGUUGUUGUGCCGAGGUCUGGUGUGCGGAAACACUACACCAGAACAAAGGAGAGCCGUGACAAGUGCAUUUGUCACUACUGUCAAAAGCUCUUCUCAUGUCAGACAAAAUCAGGAACUUCCAAUCUCAUGAAGCACCUGCAAAUCUGCAGAGAGUACCAAGCCCACGUAAUCAGCCAAGGGAAGAAUCAAACUAGGAUCGAUGAUGAAGGCAAUGUGAAAUCAUCAAAGGUGUCUGAGACGGUUUUCAGAGAAGCCUCAAAUGAGUUAUUGGUGUUAGCUGAGUUGCCUCUUUCUUUCAUUAUAAGUACAGGCUGGAAACACUUCUGCAACAAGGUUAACCUCUACAAGCCCCACUCAAGAAGAACUGCAACUAGAGAUAUUGUGAAGAAGAAAGAGGCAUUGAAGAGAUGGUUAUACACUAACCAGCAAAGAGUUUCACUCACCACUGACAUUUGGGUUUCUCAGGUGACAUGUGCAAUCUACAUGGUUGUGACUGCACAUUUUGUUAAUCCAACAUGGCAGCUGAAGAAAAUCAUUCUAGGUUUCAAAUUGGUCAUGGAUCAUAAAGGUCAGACAAUUUCUACUUUUCUUCUCGAGUGCUUAGCUGAUUAUGGAAUUCAGAAAUUGUUUUCUAUUACGGUAGACUAUGCAACUGCCAAUACCUCAGCUAUUAGGAGAUUCCAUAGGGAUUUCAGUCAAGUGUCGCCUGAUGCUGUAGUGUUGGAGGGGAACUUUCUGCACAUGAGGUGUUGUGCACACAUUAUUAACUUGAUAGCUAAAGAGGGUCUAGGUGAUUUAGGUGAUAAUGUGCUUGCCAUCCGUAAUGCAAUCCAGUAUGUUCGAUCUUCUAGCAAUAGGUUGAAUUCAUUUGAACAAAGGGUUACUACUGGGAAGAUGACACGAGGUAGCCUGCCUAUGGAUGUUAAGAAUAGGUGGAAUUCAACAUUCCUCAUGCUGUCUAGAGCAUUACAGUUUAGAGUUGCUUUUGAUAGGAUGGAAGCAGAGGACAUGUUGUAUAAUGAUUACUUUUUAGAAGUAGAAAAUGGGGUUAAGAGGCAAGGACCGCCUGAUGUUUUUGAUUGGAAUGCUGUGGAUAAGCUUAAGAGGUUUCUAAUCAUAUUCUACAACAGCACAUUGGUUGUCUCUGCUUCCUCAAAAGUCAACUCCUACAAAUGCUAUGGUGAGAUAGUGACAAUUGAGAGGAAUCUCACGGCGUUGGCUAACAACCUAGACCCAGAUUUAAAGCUGAAAGCUGAAGAUAUGUUGCACAAGUUUUUGAAGUAUUGGGAUGGCAUGAAGAAUGUGAAUAGGAUGUUGAUCAUUGCAUCAAUAAUCGAUCUAAGGAAGAAGAUGAAUUUGGCAAACUUAUGCUUUGAGAAACUGUAUGGGAAGGACAGUUUCGAGUCCAAGGAAAUGACUGCGUCUGUUCUUGAUCUCCUUACAAGCAUGUUCCAGGAGUAUUCUAGCCGUUUCAGAGGUGCUAGUACUCAAUCCUCUCAGACGAAGCAAACACCAUCUGCGAGUGUUCAGGAGACUCAAGAGCAAAUGGAGAGGUUGAAGUUGGUUGUUGAAGAUUUCGGUUAUGAGAGGAUGGAUUAUGUGUACAAGGAACUUGUUUCUGAAACAGAAAAUGAGGCAAGGGAUGAGCUGGAAAUGUACUUGAAGGAACCUGUUGAGAAUCAGAAGCUUAUGAUGGGAUUUGAGUUUGAUAUUCUCGGUUGGUGGAAGGUGCACAGAAUCAAGUUUCCAGUUUUGGCAGAGAUGGCAAGGGAUCUACUUGCGAUUGAGCAAUGGAUGAAAGCUGAUAUCAAGUUUGCUGAAAGAGUCCAAACUAAUGAGCAGAUUCUAGCUGAAGUUGAAAUGCUAGACAAGCUUGAGAAGGAGUUUGGGAAUGUAAGACUUGAAGACUGA